UUUGGGAUGGGAGAUGGGAGGAGGGAUGGUCCGUGCUCGUACGCUGCCAUCUUUAUCGUUUCGCGUGCGGUUACUGUGUGUUCGGCGUGUCCGGCUAGCAUUAUUAACUUCGGUUGUAUUUUUUGCGUGCACCUUGCGUCAACGAACGCGUCCAGGUGUAAACUUCACGAUGAGUACCGACAGUAUUGAAAAAUUGUACAAAAACUUCGGCAUUCUCGCCGAUGCUAAGGACAAGCUGGUGCAGCAUGAAAAGGAAUACCUAGAAAUUUUAACAGCAGUUAAAGGGUCGCCUAAGGAAAAACGGCUAGCGUCGCAAUUUAUUGCAAGGUUUUUCAAACAUUUCCCAAAACUAGCAGAUCAAGCUAUAGAUGCUCAUUUGGAUUUAUGCGAAGAUGAAGAUAUGGCUAUUCGAAAACAAGCUAUUAAAGAUUUACCAGCUCUUUGUAAAGAUAAUAAAGAGCACACAGCAAGAAUUGCGGAUAUUUUAGCACAAUUGUUGCAGGCUGAGGAUUCUUCGGAAUUAGCAGUUGUACAAAACAGUAUUAUGUCGCUUAUGAAGAGUGAUCCCAAAGGUACCUUAAGCGGAUUUUUUAGCCAAAUCAUUAAUGGUGACGAUGGGACAAGAGAACGUUGUAUAAAAUUUCUAGCUACCAAGCUUAAAGCAAUAGGACAUGACAUUAUCACAAAGGAACCAGAAGAUUUGUUAAUUGCGGAAUGUAAAAAAGUAUUGCAGGAUGUAACAGCUGAUGAAUUUCACAGUAUUAUGGAAAUCCUUGCGUGGACCAGAUUGGGAUCAACUGUCGCUGGUCAACAAGAAUUGGUUGAUAUUACAAUAGAACAGGCUGAACUGUCUGUACCUUUUAAACAUACUAAUGUUGAACAAUGGAACAGAUUGGUUCAAUGUGUUAAACAUGCUCUUCCAUUUUUUAGUUCGCAGAUAGAUUCAUCCAAAUUUGUUUCGUACAUUUGCGUGCAAGUUCUACCACAUCUAUCUUUGAUGACUUCUCCCGAUGGUCGAGAUAUUCAAUUGGAGCUGUUGAAGUUACUUGCUGAAUUAACUGUAUUUUGUGGAACUAUUGAAAAACCCGAAGAUAAAGUUCAACAGCUGUAUAAUACUCUUAUUACUUAUAUGCCACUUCCUCCAGCUACAGAAAUUACUGAUGUACCAAAGUUACAGUUUAGUCAUGUGGAAUGUUUGAUGUACGCUUUUCAUAAACUGUGUAAGCAAACUCCCGAAUUUUUGAUAAAGGAUCCGGAACAGCUUAAAGAAUUCCGAUUGAGAUUACAAUAUUUUGCAAGAGGCAUUCAAGGUUACAUAAAGAAGUUACGUGAAGCUAUCGGUGGAAAAACGGAAGAAGAAUUAAAAUCUGAGGAAAAUCAAUUAAAAGUUGUGGCAUUAAAAACAACUAACAAUAUCAAUACUUUGAUCAAAGAUUUGUUUCAUUCACCUCCUAGCUUUAAAAGCAUUAUACACCUCUCAUGGAAAACACCUCUCAAUGAGAAAAAGAGCGAAAAAAAUUCUGCUCAGAAAAGACAUACACCGAUUACAUUUGGAAACGACAACAGUCCAAAUAAACGCAGCAAGGAAGAUAAGAAUAAUAAAAGAGAAAUAUAUACACCCCCUAGUGGUAAAUACAGUUCGAACAUAUCAAAUUAUGGCCGCGGUAGAUUUAAAGGUAAUAGGCCUAGAGGUAGAGGCGGAUUCAGGACAAGAGGACGUGGUCCAUGGCGAAAGAAUUUUUAUUAAUCAUUUAUUACAAUUGAAAGCAGCUAAAAUUGGAAUAACGUUAUAAACGUCUAUUUGCUUUCUGAUAUUGACAAAGCGCUUUCAAAAAAAGUCUUCACAAAAUCUAACUUUAUUAGCCUUUACGAUUAUAUGAAAUGAUUUUAUGAUGGUUUAAAGGCUCAUAAAUUCCCAAAUAUGUAACAGAAGUCAGAAAAUCAACAAUUUUCAAAAUAUUAAUAUUUGAAUACUAAAGGAAAGGAGAUUUGGAUAGAAUGCAUUAUAGCAUGAUAUGAAAUACUUGUUUAAUUCCUAAUAAUAUGAAUUGCACUAAAAAUCGAAAAUAUUUCAGACAUAACAUAAAAAUAUAAAGAGAAUGAACGUAUUCAAGCAAUAUGACGCAAUGUAUUAAGAUUAAGAAAACACUGUUGUGAAUUGGCGGAUUUCAUGGAGGAGUCUUGAAGCUUGCAUGAGAAAAUGAAGAAAGAAGAUAUUUUGGGAUACAAAAUUCAAUCAAGAUAUUACUUGAGAAAAUUGAAGAAAGUAUGAUGAAGAUACGAGUGCAAAAAGAAAUGAAAAUACCACGCUGUUAUCAAACUGAAAUUUAAAACCACCCCAACCAUCUUUAAGUUACAAGACAACACUGCUCACGAUUACAGAAGCAUAGUUAUGAAAAUGGAUUCCUUCUAAAAAAAACUUCAAGAUUAUACAAAAAUACAAUUUCUUGUAUCCAUUCCUAAAUUAACUUUCCCCCUCCCUUUCCAAACUUUUACAUUUAUUGAUAUUUGUUAAUAUUUAUCUGUUGGCAGGAUCGAACUAUGCAUAGCGGAGAGAAUUCUAGGCCAGUCAUACAUAAGAGCAGUUUAAUCGAAGAAACGCCAGAUACAAUAAUUUUCCAUAUAUUGAUAGGUGAAAUAUACAUAUGUAUAUAUUUAUAUACAUAUAUACAGUUUGAGAAUCUUUUGUUUAAAUUUUCAUAAAUUUAAAAAGAAAUAUAUAUAUAUAUAUAAUUAUAUGAAAUUAUAUAAAAUACAUAUUUUUAACACAAAUAGUUGUAAAAAAAAAGAAUGAUUUCACGAAUCUGUGUUUCUUCGAUGAAUAAGACCAAGAGCAAUUGGAAUGGCAGUCAUCACUUCGUUUUUUCUUUGCAGAAAACUCAUUGACCAGAGACUUGGAAAUUGGGAGACCUGAGUUCCAGAGCAUCACAUAAAUACUUGUAUAUACUUUUUUGCGUUACAGAAUUCUUUCAAAAACAGAUGUAGAAGCAGAGCAGAGAGCUACUUGGAGAAACUCAUAGAUAUUUUUUUUUCAGGAACUCCAAGGGAUAUUAUUAUAUUUAUUAUUGUAUAUGUGCAAAUAUAAUGUCUCUUUCAUGUGAUUGCUGUUUUAAUUAAGGUGAGUUUAAAAAAGUUUUCUUCCAUCUUUCCUGUCCCUUUCUCCAUUAUUAUGGUAUCAAAACAUUUCGUGUUAUAAAGAUUCGUGAAUGUUUCUAAUUAUUUCAAUAAAUAACAUUAUUUAAUACUAUGUGGUGUUUUUUUACCCAGUAAAUGGAAGUGAGAAAACGAUUUAAGAAAGUGACCAAUUUAAUAAAAAAAAAAAA